CUUGCAAUGAACGCACCAUCGCUGGGGCACAGUAUAAACGUGCGGAAGCAGUUAUAGUUUCUACCAAAGCGAAGCCUGCAAACAAAGCUGCCUCCCUUCUAAUAGUACACUGCAGACGACGGUGGUAUCUGGUUAAACACAGCAAAAGUGGCUUUUGUCCUUUACACUUGGAUGGUAAAAGCUCUGCAGUGACCGCCGUGUUUGCUGUGUGUCUGGGGGGAACGUUGACGCUGCCUCUCCUGGUGCCUCACUCCUCCGAACCUGGUCGACAUGUCAGCUUUCUCCGAGGCGGCUUUAGAGAAGAAACUGUCCGAGCUGAGCAACUCCCAACAAAGUGUGCAGACGCUGUCGCUGUGGCUCAUUCACCACAGGAAACACUCCAAGACCAUUGUCAACGUUUGGUUCAACGAACUGAAAAAAGCUCAGGUAUCGCGCAAGUUGACCUUCCUCUAUUUGGCCAAUGACGUCAUUCAGAACAGCAAGAAAAAAGGGCCAGAAUUCACCCAGGACUUCGCACCAAUUAUUGUUGAGGCUUUUAAACAUGUAUACAGUGAGGGAGAGGACGGCUUUAAAAAACAACUGGGCCGGGUUUUGUCCAUCUGGCAGGAAAGAGCCGUGUACGAGAACAACCUUCUGGAUCAGCUCUCACAAGUUCUGUAUGGAGAGAAGAAGGCUAAGAAGAGGUCCUAUGAGGAGAUCCGACCAGAUGAUGACGACUUUGCCUCCCAGAGCUCACCUGCAGAGCCGCCGCAGACCUCUGAGUUAAUUCGAGCUUUGCAGGAGCUGGAAAAUGCGGCCUCUUCUGACUCUGUGCUGCGUCAGAAAAUCUCCUCCCUACCCGCUGAAGUGCAGGACACUUCACUGCUCCACAGAAUUACAGAUAAAGAAUCAGGGGAGCGACUCUCCCGGAUGGUUGAGGACGCCUGCAUGCUGCUAGCAGACUACAGUGGUCGCUUGGCUGCCGAGGUAGACGACAGGCGGCAGCUCACACGCACUCUCAGCGUCUUCCUGCAGAGCCAGAAGGACGGCUUGGUCCAGAAUGAGCAGAAGCUUGAAGAAUACAAACGCAAACUGGCCAGAGUGACCCAGGUCCGAAAGGAGCUACGAAUGCGUCUGAACAAUCUGCCUGGAGGUCUCUACAACUCUUAGGAUUGAUGUGUGACUCUUCUGCCACUGAAACAUCUCGACCCGUCGCUCCCAUACCUGAUUGGUGACGAUGCCGUUGACCUGUGUUUUUGAAAGUGUCUGUGUGUUGGCUCGCCUUUCCAGUUUAGUCAUAAGCAGAGACUUUAUCCACAUGGCUUUUGUUGAUGAAACUGUUUGCUUUUUUUUCACUCUCUUCUUUUAUAGUUAGUACACUGUAUAUGAACUCACGUCUGUCACACGAUUGUCAUGCUUCGGUCCCUGCUUCUCUGACCUUUUACAGCUUUAAAGUGAUGGUUUAUGGGUAAUGCUGGUGUUAUAUUUUUCUAUUUAUAGUAUAGUGACAAGAUAAUGCACCAGAGUUAAUCCCCCCCAGGCUGUUUAUUACCUAUUAUUUUCAGUAUUUUCAGUUGUUGUUUUGAGUUCCUCCGUGUAGUUCUUUACUACAGGUUGUUUGUUCCUCGACCUGACUUUUUUUUUAUUUUAAAUGUUGUGUGAUAUGACCUUCAUGUGCUUCUAAAAUUGUUAGAGAACCAUAUUUUAGGUUAAAAUCUAAAAAUCGAAUGUAAUUAUAAUUUACACUAAGCCUCUUUGUAAGAGAGCUGUAAACGUGUACAUAAAUGCCAUACUGCAUGUAAAGAUGAUUUAUUCAAGUCUGUAUGUGCUCACAGUUGCUAUCUACAGUAUAGGAACAUAUUCAGUAUGGCCCGUUGUCAAACUACAGACCCAUCUCUGUACGAUAUCUUUACGGUUGCCCUUUUGUGGACAAUCCUGGACAGAGUGACGUAGCCCAUUUUCUCGUUUAUAUGUUUCAUAUUAUUUUAUUCUCAAGUCAUCAUCAUCCUGUUGUUCUGAGCCUCACACAGUUUCAAAGUGCCCCGUUUUCCUCGGUCUACCUUACAGCAGAUAUUUGUUUUUGUAGCUAUCGGGCAGAUAACUCUACAAACCAAAUAAAUGAAACACUAGACAAAUC